AUGCACCCAUUGAUAUUACAAGAUAUUAUUCAAACGGAAACAGCAACACUUCAAGACCAAACAGAGCAAAUAUGCCUACCCUAUUUGACGAAAGAAGUGAAUCCUAAACUUGACCAAAAAACUCAUGUUGAAUAUCUAUUAAAUAUAUUAACUAAUCCUCUUCCAAAGUCAUAUUUGACUUUAGACGCGUCUCGUCCUUGGAUUAUUUAUUGGACUUUAUGCGCAUAUGCGUUAUUAGGACAAUCAGUAGAGGAGUAUAGAGAAAGCAGAACUAUACAGUCAAUUUCAGCGUUACAGCUAGAAUCGGGGGGUUUUAGUGGUGGGCAUGGUCAAAUUGCUCAUUUGGCGCCUACAUAUGCAGCCGUUAUGGCACUUUGUAUUGUUGGGAGUGAAGAAGCAUAUGAUACAAUUAACCGAUCCAGUCUUUAUUGCUGGAUAAUGCGAUUAAAACAAUCGGAUGGAAGCUUUGUGAUACAUGAAGGUGGAGAGAAAGAUGCACGAGCGGUGUAUUGUGCAUUAUCAGUAGCGUCAUUAUUAAAUCUUAUGACGCCAGAAUUAAUUGAAGGAACAGCAGUAUGGCUUUCUAGAUGUCAGACGUAUGAAGGAGGAUUAUCAGGAUUUCCAGGAGCAGAAGCACAUGGUGGUUAUGCAUUUUGUGUAUUAGCAUCAUGGUUAGCAUUUCGUCAAUCAUCAAUAGAAGGAGGAUUUUCAGGACGAACGAAUAAAUUAGUUGAUGGAUGUUAUUCAUGGUGGGUUGGAGGAUGUUGGGCAAUUCUUUCGAGCGUAAUGGGGGAUAUUAGGACACCAUUAAUUGAUAAAGAUGCUUUACGAAGGUUUAUUCUUACAUGUUGUCAAUAUAAAACGGGUGGACUUAGAGAUAAGCCGGAAAAGCAAGAUAUCAGGAUAUCCCGAUCAAUAUCAUACAUGUUAUUGUAUUUCUGGUCUUUCAGUUAUACAAAACAUAAAAAAGAUACAGCAUUAGGUGAAUCUGUAUUUAAUUGGCAUCAUGAUCAUCUUAUAGAACAAUCUAUCUUUACUACUGAUCAAGUUAAGGCUGUACACCCUAUUUUAGCCAUUCCUAUGGACAAGCUUUACGAUAUUUGGCUUUGGCCUUCGAGUACAAUAUAUCGAAUGACAUUUAUUCACCUUGUUAUUCAUGCUGGAUCUCGAAUACCAAAGCUUAUAUAG